CAGCAGCGUCUCACAUCAGUCUGUCUCCUUCCAUCCCAACAUGGAGGACGUCUACAUUCGACACGUGAAGCUGCUCGGCUUUGAGAAACGCUUUUACCCCAGUCAGCACUAUGUGUACAUGCUGAUGGUGAAGUGGAGCGACCUCGUCGAGAAAUUGAUCUUCAGGACAUAUCCUGAAAUCUACACUUUCCACAAAUCCCUGAAAGAGAUGUUUCCGAUUGAAGCCGGACAAAUCGAAACAAAGGACCGAAUCAUUCCAUCGCUGCCAGCACCGCGUUGGGUGGAGAGCCAAAGGUCUCGGGAAAGCAAGCAGAGCACACUGACCGAGUAUUGCCUGUCGCUCAUCGCGCUACCGCCGCACAUCUCACGCUGCUCGCAUCUCAACGCCUUCUUCAAAGUGCGACCGGAGGACGAAAACCCGCCGGCUCCAAACACAGGGAAAAAAAGUGAAAUCUUCUUGGAGACCAAAGUCAACAACAACAUAUCUGAGAUUUCCGGGCCCAUCAUACUGGACACAUACAGAGUGAUCGCAGACUUCACCAAGACGUCCAAACACGAGCUCAACCUGCGCACUGGGGACUUGGUGGAAAUUGUGGAGAAGAACCAGAAUGGCUGGUGGUUCUGCCAAUGUGAGACGAAACGAGGAUGGGUUCCUGCCACCUACCUGGAACCCCUGGAUGGACCGGAGGAGACAGAGGACGUGGAGCCAAAUUAUGAAGGAGAAUUGCACGUAACAGUCCGAGCCUACAAGGCGGAGACGGACGAUGAGAUCUCGCUGGAGAUGGGAGAAACCAUCGAGGUCAUUCACAAGCUUUUGGACGGCUGGUGGGUUGUCAGGAAAGGCGAGGAGACUGGUCACUUCCCCUCCAUGUUCCUGCAGAAAGCAGGAAAAGGGGCCAAGUAUGAAUAUAAUAUCAAGCAACCAGAGGGACAGAAGCCUCCGCCUCGCAGGUCCACCAUUAAGAACGCCAAGAGCAUCCACGAACAAGGCCGGCAGCGCCUAAGCCAGGAGGCCUACCGGAGGAACAGCCGCCGAUACCUCCAGCAAAAAGGCGGCCUACCCACCGCCGUGCCCAGGAAAUCCAAGAUGCCGGAGAAGUCACCUCUGAGGGAGAGGAAGAACCAAGGGAACAUUCCUGUGCAGCGCUUCAGUUCGGAGAAUGAGCUGAAGCCAGAGGCCCCAGUGAUCCCGCCCCGACCGAGUCCCGAGCUCAUCCUGGAACGCUGCACCGACAAGACCUGCAAGAAAGUCAGCAUCCGUAAUUCCGGAGGAAGAAGCAACAGCACCUAGUAUGAAACCUCAGAUGGUGUCCCUCAAGGUUCCCCCUUGCUUCCCCUCCCGCUCCUUUAUUUAAUGGUGCCUUCGCUGUGUUGCGAAGUAAUUCCUGAUUGUUAAGUUAUUGCUGAAUCCUCCCAUUUAAUCUUUUUUCCAUGUAUAAAAAUAUAUGAAACUUGUAAAUAACAUUUACAUUGACCCCCCACCUUGUGCAACUAUUCAUGACAUCCAUGCAUAGUAACAGCACGAACAACUAAAUCCUCUUUCACUAGAUGGUAGCAGGUGGAAUCGACAUGUUUGGUCGUGUGCCAUGACAUUUUUUUUUCUCAUAUAAAUACGUGCCUUAGCUCAAUAAAGGUUGGGAAACACUGUUCUGGAUCACCUCGUGGCAGCAUUGUGAAAAGCUUCGACAUUUGUGCUUUAGUCUCCCCUCCACCUUCCUCACAGUUGCAAAAUAAAAUCAAUAAAGUUGCCAUAGAUCCUUUAA